GCCCGCUGAUAACAGAAGGCGACAAGGCGUCACUGGUCGGAAACACAGUCGUCGGGCUUAAUUAUUUAAUAUUUACACAAUAAAAUUUAAAUUAAACACAGUUGACCGAAAACCAGACAGCCGCAGACGUCGUCAUGAUCGGCGGUCUGUUUAUGUAUAAUCACAAGGGUGAAGUGCUAAUAUCGCGAGUGUACCGCGAUGACAUCGGCCGCAACGCCGUGGAUGCGUUCCGCGUGAACGUUAUACAUGCACGCCAGCAGGUCCGUUCGCCGGUAACUAACAUCGCUCGCACUUCGUUCUUCCAUAUCCGACGGGCCAACAUCUGGCUGGCCGCUGUCACCAAGCAGAAUGUCAAUGGUGCCAUGGUAUUCGAGUUCCUCAUACGCUUCACGCAGGUCAUGCAGUCGUACUUCGGCAAGAUCAACGAGGAAAACAUUAAGAACAACUUUGUGCUCAUCUACGAGCUGCUCGACGAGAUACUUGACUUUGGCUAUCCGCAGAAUUGUGACACAGGCGUGCUCAAGACGUUUAUCACACAGACGGGCGUUAAAUCACAGAGCAAGGAAGAGCAGAUGCAGAUCACGUCCCAGGUCACUGGUCAGAUUGGCUGGCGACGCGAGGGCAUAAAAUAUCGCCGUAACGAGCUGUUCCUUGAUGUGCUGGAGUAUGUUAAUUUGCUCAUGUCGCCUCAGGGUCAAGUGUUGUCAGCGCAUGUUGCUGGCCGCAUUCUCAUGAAGUCUUACCUGAGCGGCAUGCCUGAAUGCAAGUUUGGCAUCAAUGAUAAGAUAGUCAUGGAGUCCAAGGGCACCAAGAUUCUUGAUGACACAGGCUCGAGGACAGCUUCUGGCAAGCCAGUUGUCGUCAUUGAUGAUUGUCAAUUUCAUCAGUGCGUGAAGCUUUCAAAAUUUGAAACCGAACAUUCCAUAAGCUUCAUUCCACCUGAUGGUGAAUUUGAGUUGAUGCGUUACCGUACCACCAAAGAUAUAUCAUUGCCAUUCAGAGUUAUACCGUUGGUAAGAGAAGUAGGUCGUACUCGCAUGGAAGUCAAAGCUGUAUUGAAGUCUAAUUUCAAACCCUCCUUGCUGGGACAAAAAAUUGAAGUCAAGAUUCCCACUCCCUUGAACACGGCUGGUGUUCAAUUGUUAUGCUUAAAAGGAAAAGCUAAGUAUAAGGCUUCAGAUAACGCAAUUGUGUGGAAAAUUAAGAGAAUGGCAGGCAUGAAAGAAACACAGCUAUCAGCCGAAAUCGAUCUUUUGGAGACUGACACUAAGAAAAAAUGGACUAGACCUCCAAUUUCAAUGAAUUUUGAGGUACCAUUUGCUCCUUCUGGAUUCAAAGUCAGAUAUUUAAAGGUAUUCGAGCCAAAGUUGAAUUAUUCUGAUCAUGAUGUUGUCAAAUGGGUUCGUUAUAUUGGGCGAAGUGGAUUGUAUGAAACUAGGUGUUAAGCAAAUCAAACUAUUAGAUAUACUUAAUUUAAUCGUUUCCCAAAAUUCUACUCCAAUAUUUUUU